AUGUUGGCUGUGAAAGAUGUCGCUGUGCGCGCGCAUUGCGCCGCGUGUCACGUCGUUCGGUCGCGAUCGCGAUCGAACAUGCCCGCAUCGCGCGAAGACGAGAUCGCUCGCGCGCUCCGAGACGCGAUCGAGGCGCUGGAACCGAUCACGCGCGGUCAAAAAGUCGCAUUCGAGCGAAGACUGCGAGGCGGCAUCGCGCAGUGCGCGUCGUACGAGGACGAGAUGGCGAUCGCGUCGGCGAUGUCGGUGAUCCCGAUCGAAAGGUUGAAACUAGAGGGACACACGGCGUCGAUGACGAUCGCGGGAGACGAGGGCGCGGACGUGGAGAGCGUGGAGAGCGCGGAGAGCAGGAUGGAACGGUUGAGCGCGAGAGACGCCGAGUUGCUCGCCCUCUUGCGGUGGUUCAAGGAGGAGUUCUUCUCGUGGGUGGAUAAGCCGCCGUGCGAACACUGCGGUGGGAGCGAGAUGACGUCGAUAGGAGUGGAGGUGAACGCGCUCACGGCGGAGGAACGCGAGGGGGAGGCGGGACGAGUCGAGCUUUAUCGAUGCGGCGCGUGCGUGAAGACGACGCGUUUUCCGAGGUAUAAUUCGGCGAUUAAAUUACUCGAAACUCGACGCGGACGAUGCGGGGAGUGGGCGAACGCGUUCACGCUGUGCGCUCGAGCAAUGGGUUUUCGAGCGCGUUGGUGUCUCGAUUGGACGGAUCAUGUGUGGACAGAGGUGUAUAGCGAGAGUCAGAGGCGUUGGCUUCACUGCGACCCGUGCGAGAACGUGUGUGACAAACCGCUGCUGUACGAGUGUGGUUGGGGUAAGAAACUUUCAUAUGUCAUUGCGUUCUCAAUCGAGGGAGUUUUCGACGUCACGCGGCGAUACACUCAGAACAUGCGAGAGCGAUAUCGUCUUCGAGGCGAAGUCUACGAGCCUUGGCUCAGGAAGCGCCUGGCCGAGCUCACUAGCGAGCUCCGGUCGGCAAUGCUGCCCAGCGAGAUCAAAGAACUCGAAGUGCAAGAUGUAGUCGAGCGUGCCGAGCUCGGUAGACCUGCGGUGGACGUGGGUGAAUCGUUACCUGGUCGCCAAACUGGUAGUUUAGCAUGGCGUCGAGCGCGAGGUGAGCUUGGGCCGUCGUCGUGA